CUUCCCUAGGUCCUCCGCGCUACUUUGUCCGGUUCUACCUAUUCUCUGCUCCUCUGAGCCUUUAGGCUUGUCUUGGCCCAUGUGAAGACAAGGAAGUUGAUAAACCCCGAAGUCGACUGCUGAGAGACGGUGGCGCGGGUGGGAUAGUCGCCAGGGAUGGCGGAACGUGAGAAUGGAGCGGGUGUUCGGGCUGCUGUCUUGGACGUUGAGCAGAGUCUUGUGGCUCUCGGGCCUCUCUGAGCGGGGAGCUGCCCGGCAGCCCCGGAUCAUGGACGAGAAAGCGCUAGAGGUUUAUGAUUUGAUUAGAACUAUCCGGGACCCAGAAAAGCCCAAUACUUUAGAAGAACUGGAAGUGGUAACGGAAAGUUGUGUGGAGGUGCAGGAGAUAAAUGAAGAAGACUAUCUGGUUAUUAUCAGGUUUACACCAACAGUACCUCAUUGCUCUUUGGCAACUCUCAUUGGGCUGUGCUUAAGAGUAAAACUUCAACGGUGUUUACCAUUUAAACAUAAGUUGGAAAUCUACAUUUCGGAAGGAACUCACUCAACAGAAGAAGACAUCAACAAGCAGAUAAAUGACAAAGAGCGAGUGGCAGCUGCAAUGGAGAACCCCAACUUACGGGAAAUUGUGGAACAGUGUGUCCUUGAACCUGACUAAUAGCUGUUCUAAGAGCCUUUGAACCGUAACUGCUUGAUGUAUUUGUUUAAACUCUUUGUAAAAUGUAAAAGACUCAUGUUUAAUACAUAGGUGAUUUGUACCUCAAAACAUUUUUUAAAGGAUUAUUUCCAAGCCAGAUAUAAUUAUAAUCUAAUACCUAAUUUGUUCAGUGUAUAACAUUCUCAGGAUUUGUAACACUUAAGUGAUCAGAGAAAUGUUUUCCAGUUAUUAUGUGUAAGAUGAGUUGCUAUUUUUCUGAUGCCUAUUAUGAUACAACUACUUUUCAUGUCAAAUAUCUACCACGCCCAAAUGUAUUCAAUUUAAAUCAUUACUCUAUAAAAUAAAUAAAAGAGAUGAUUCUUAUAA